AUGUUCGCGAGUGUGUUGUCUCUCCUAAAUCUGUCGGAAGACAGUCGGACACGCCAGGUUGUACUUGCGGUUCUGCAUCUCGCCGCCGUCUUCGGGUUUAUUCGAAUCGCCAUGGAAACGAGUCCCAGCCGUACGAUUAAGCUCCUCUGCAGCUACGGCGGAAAGAUCCUCCCACGUGCUACCGACGGCGGGCUCCGUUUCAUCGGUGGCCACACCAGAGUCACCGUGGACCGUUCCAUUUGCUUUGCUGACUUGUUGGUAAAGGUAGGAGCGUUGUGCGGUUCGUCUGUGACAUUACGGUGUCAAUUGCCGAACGAAGACUUAGAAACCUUGAUCUCCCUCACCAACAACGAAGAUCUGACGCACAUAAGCAAAGAAUAUGACCGCGCUUCGUCGAAACUACCUCAUCCGUUGAAUAUCAGAGCCGUGCUGUUUCGGCCAGAAUCGUCGAAGAAGGUUUCUCCGGCAACGUCGUCUCCGUUGAAGAAGUUGAAGAUGACACUUAACAUAAUCGGAAAUAUUUAA